UUAAAAAUUGUUGAUUGAAAAAAAAAACCACCCGCCUAAUAAAUAUUCACAAAGAAAUGAUAAAUCAUAGCUUUCUUCGAUACAAAGACUCUUCAUUGUAUAGUUAAAUAUAAAAGCAUAUUUGAAUUUUGUGUGCCAGAAAAAGUGAAAGUUUUCAUUUUUACGCUUCCUAUGAAUUUCGUUGAAUUGAAUUUUUGUAUACGUCUUGUUCAAGCAUAUACAGAAGUAGGCAAGUUCAUCGGAGUGUUUUCCAUAAUUGUGAUCAAAAUAAUACGCGUAUUGUGGAACGGACUAUUUUGAAAAUUGAAUUUGACCAAAGCAAUGAAUUGCUGAAGUUAUUUUUUUCUUAAACAAAACGUUACUUUUUCACAAGUUUGGUGUAGAUUUGAUUUUCGUCAUUUGUUUGUUAUCGACAUACAAUAUUACUUUUAAAUAAUAAUAAUGGCAUUAACACAAGAGACCUCAAAGACAAACUAUAAUUUUGUCGCCCGAAAUUUGCUAGCUGGAGGUGUAGCUGGUAUGUGUUCAAAGACUGCAGUAGCACCAUUAGAUCGGAUAAAAAUUUUGCUGCAAGCGCAUUCAAAUCACUAUAAACAUUUGGGUGUGUUCAGUGGCCUUCGACAUAUCGUACGCAGAGAAUCAUUAUGGGCACUUUACAAAGGCAAUAGCGCUCAAAUGGUUCGAAUAUUUCCAUAUGCAGCAACACAAUUUACCGCAUUUGAAUUUUACAAAAGAUAUGUUGGAACAUUGAUACCAACCAAUAGACUCAUCAAAAACUCGGAUAAAUUCAUCGCUGGGGCUGGCGCUGGCGUUACAGCCGUGACAUUGACCUAUCCGUUGGACACAAUCAGAGCAAGACUUGCGUUCCAAAUUACCGGUGAACAUAAAUAUGCAGGCAUCGUACACACAGCUCUUUCAGUUAUAAAAAAUGAAGGUGGUAUUCGUGGAUUGUAUCGUGGCUUUGUUCCAACUCUAACCGGUAUGGUUCCAUAUGCCGGUUUCAGUUUUUAUUGCUUUGAAAGUGUGAAAUUCCUUUGCAUGAAAUACUCACCACAAUGGAGUUGCAACAAAUGCGAUAAAAAUACAGGUGGCCUAGUUUUAAAUAUUCCUGCCAAACUUUUAGCCGGAGGUUUAGCUGGUGCAAUAGCUCAAUCUUUUUCGUAUCCCUUGGAUGUGACGAGAAGAAGAAUGCAAUUGGCUAUGAUGGAUCCAGCAACGGCUCGAUUUGGAGUUGGAAUGGUCACGACACUCAAGCACAUUUACAAUGAAAAUGGUAUUGUACGAGGUCUGUAUCGUGGAAUGUCAAUUAAUUACUUGCGUGCAAUACCGAUGGUCGCUGUCUCAUUUUCUACAUACGAGGUACUCAAACAAGCACUAAAUCUUGACACUGGCAUGAAAAUUUAAUUACAGCCGGUCUUUUUUCCGGACAACACACACAUGACAACAAAGUUCAUGCAAUAGUUGUUAAAAAAAAUUCAAAUAUUUUUUUCUUUUAAUUUGUUUACCUGUUUUAUUGAAAUUAUUAUUUUUGUAAUGUUGAAAAUGUAUGAAAAAUGCAAUUUGUCAAAAUGAAUCAAUUGCAUCACAUUAAUUAAGCAAAGACUAAGACAGUAGGUAGUAUUUGCCUUCAGUGGCAUAAAAUAACUUAAAUACCUUGGUCAAAUGUAAUUAAAUCUUCCAAUACGUUAGUCAUUAGAUUUUCCACAAAUCAACAGCCAAUGGUCAUCAUGAUAUUAGUUAACCAAUAUUGUUGAAUUGUUUGUGUCUGGGCGUAUUAUUUAAAACAAAAUAUGCGUGUAUUUUUACAUUGUUAAAAUAUAUUGAUUUUUUACAACUUUUAUACACGAUAUUUUAGUACUAGUGUUAGGCCAAUUUUGCCCAGCCUUCUAGAUGAGCGAGUCAAAUAUAUAUAUAUAAAAAAUGUA